UUGCUAGGCGGAGACAUUUCCGUGAAGAAAGAUUUAAGAAAGGAUCAGGACAGGCGGGAGAUAGUUAACUGAAAGGAGUCUGCCUCACUGCUGGAACCAAACCAGAUGCCUUCUUCCACUUCACCAGACCAAGGAGAUGACCUGGAGGCCUGUGUUUUAAGGUUUUCAGACCUGGAUUUGAAAGACACAAGUCUUAUCAAUCCCAGUAGCAGUAUCAAAGCAGAGUUAGAUGUCAGUACAAAGAAGAAAUACUCAUUUGCAAAGAAAAAGGCAUUUGCCCUUUUUGUCAAAACUAAAGAACUUCCAGCACCUCCUUCUGAGUAUAAAGGAAAAUGGUGGAAAUGCUGUCAGCAACUAUUCACAGACCAGACCAGCAUCCACAGACAUGUGGCAACACAACAUGCUGAUGAGAUUUGCCAUGAAACUGCUUCUGUUUUAAAGCAGCUGACUGUGACAUCGAGCACCUCAAAGACUCUUAAGUCUGCAGACAAAAGAAACCCUUUCAAAGAAGACCUUACCCAUAACCAUGAACUGUCUGCUUGGCUCCCUGAUAUAAGCUGCUUUAGCCCUGAUGAGCUGUUAAGUGGCCACAGCAAUGGUGAAGGGGAGGUGCUACUUUAUUACUGCUACUGUGACCUGGAGGAUCCUGAUUGGAUCUGUGCCUGGCAGACAGCUCUGUGUCAGCACCUGCACCUCACUGGCAAGGUUCGAAUUGCUACAGAAGGAAUCAAUGGGACAGUGGGUGGAAGCAAAUUGGCCACCAGACUCUAUGUAGAAGUCAUGCUUUCCUGCCCACUGUUAAAGGAUUAUCUGUGUAAGGACGAUUUUAAGACCAGCAAAGGAGGAGCUUGCUGUUUUCCAGAACUGCGUGUUGGUGUGUUUGAAGAGAUUGUGCCCAUGGGGAUCAGUCCCAGUAGGAUCUCCUAUAAGAAGCCUGGAAUCCAUUUACCCCCAGGUGAAUUUCAUAAAGAAGUAGAAAAGUUUCUGUCUCAGGCAAAUCAAGAAGAAAGUGAUACUAUCCUACUGGACUGUAGAAACUUCUAUGAAAGCAGAAUAGGACGGUUCCAGGGCUGCUUAGCCCCAGACAUCAGGAAAUUCAGUUACUUCCCUAGCUAUGUUGAUGAAAAUCUAGAACUUUUCAAAGAGAAGAGGGUGCUGAUGUAUUGCACUGGGGGCAUCCGUUGUGAGCGGGGUUCAGCCUACCUCAAAGCCAAGGGAGUGUGCAAGGAAGUGUUCCAGCUCAAGGGUGGCAUCCACAAGUACCUGGAGGAGUUUCCUGAUGGUUUUUACAAAGGGAAGUUGUUUGUUUUUGAUGAGCGUUAUGCCUUAUCCUUCAACAGUGACAUAGUGUCAGAAUGUUCAUACUGUGGGGCCCCAUGGGACCAGUAUAAACUGUGCUCCACUCCCCAGUGCCGCCAGCUCGUCUUGACCUGCCCUGCCUGCCAAGGACAAGGAUUCACAGCCUGUUGUGUCACGUGUCAAGACAAAGGGAGCAGGCAGGCUGCAAGCCCAACCCAGAGCAGCUUUAAAGAGGAAUGCGAGUGUACAUCCCGACGGCUACGCGUACCCAGGGAGCUCUUACAGCAGGGGCGACUCCCUGCGAGGCCGGGGCCCAGGCCAGGUGAUGAUGAGGAUGGGCCAUGCUUACAUGAGCGGCCCCAUCUGCCUUUCCCCAAUCCUUCACAGAGCUAG